GUGCCUCUCAGAGUCGGACCACGGCAACGAUUUGCGCAACAGCGCUCUCCCUCUGCAGAAAAGCAUACUUGGUAACUUGCCCCUAUGCGUACCUACUUCGUACACCAAGUUUUGUGCGCAGCUUAUCCAGGAUACAAGUCCUUACAAUCGGUUACUGACCGAUCUCAACUGCAAACCUGCGGAUCACGCUAUUUCGAACACCCAAUGAUCCUGAUUCACCACCUAUCUGUUUGAAAGCCGAGAACGCAAUACGCCGGAGAUUGCAAAAUGAGGGCCACUGAAGGCCAUGGGUAUCAUGCCCAAAGUUGCACGACAGCUGUCCUGGGCUUUCUUCUCUUCUUACUAGUGAUGUGUAGUACGGCAUCUACUAUCACUGUAGCUUCGCCAACUGGACAACCAGCUCUGGAGUCAACGUGUAUGGUGAAAACACUCGUCGCAGCCGGUGUCAGCGAGCAGAAAGCGAUCGGCUACUCGUCAAAAAUGGGCCAGAAACAGAUCAAGCAGGAGGCGAUUGUCAGCAACGAUUUGUACAUCACCCAACUGCUCCUGGGAGCGACGGAGGAAGAUGCUGGGCUCAUCAAAACAUGUUUGGCCGGUGAAUCAGGGAGUUGCCAGCACUUCUCUGCUUGUCAGAAUGGAGGCAGCUGUCGCCUGGACGCCGCUGCACGGACUCAUGUGUGCGUCUGUCACCAAGACUACACAGGGAAGUUUUGUGAAGAAGAUCACAACACACCCAUCAGGAGCUUCCGCGCUUUGCAGGCAACCGUCAACGGUCUUGUAUCGGAGAUGGCACGACUCCGUAGUGAAGCAGGCCAGCUGAGGGAGGAGAACAGAAGGCUGAAGGAGGACACAGUGCAAACGCAGACAGCCUUCCAGGAGGAACUGCGACAAUUGAGACAGCAAGCCAUUUCCAACACUACUGCUCCUACACCCACUCCCAUGUGCAACUGCACAGUAGAGGUCCAGGACAUUGAACGUUUGCGUCGCCGCUUGGAAAUAGUCGAGUCGGACACAGUUCAGAACCGGCUUCAACUGGACCGAAAGUCUGAUAGCAGUGACGUUGCGGUGAUGAUGACGGAUAUCAGGGGCCUGAAGUCUGGGUUAGAGGCCAGCACGGUGGCAUUGAGCAAUCUGGAAAGUACAGUCACCACCCAUGAAGAGUUGAUCACUCGCAAUGCUGACAGCCUCGCAGAACGCGUGACCACCGUGGAGGGAACAGCGCGACGUAAUGCACAAAAUUUAGAUGAGCGUGCUUCUGCUGCCUCGGUCGUAGCUCUUGGGCAACGGAUGGUAACUGUGGAGCGUCGCAGCAGUGCUAAUGGUGCUAUGGUUAGGCAGCGUGCGCUAGCUGCCGAUUUGCAGGCCAUGAGAUUGGAAUUGGGGCUUGUACAGGCUGGUAUGAGUCACAACCGAGGUGUCAUUGAUCGCAAAUUACAGGUGGCAUUGAACAAUCUCGAAAGCAAGGUCAACACCCAUGAAGGCUUGAUCCCGCGCAAGGCAGACAGCCAAUCCGUCCAAAGCCUUAAGAACCGUUUGGACGUCGUGGAAGGAGUAGCCAGGCACAACAGGCAGUAUUUGAACCAGCGUGCUCUCAAAGCUGAUGUCAUCGCACUCGAGGAACGGAUGGGGAAUGUGGAGCAUCGCAUCACCGCAAAUGAUGCCAUGCUUCUGCAGCGCGCACAGGUGACUGAUUUGCGGGCUGUGACAUCGAAAUUAGGGCGCGUGCAGGCAGGCAUGAACCACAACCGAGGUGUUAUUGAUCGCAAAUUGCAGUACUUCGCGGAUGGAUGUAACCAUCGCACCCUGGGAUACGCCUACAGCAGCGGUCACAGCGAAAAUAACGAUCAGGAGACCGGUCAAAUUAAAGCUAUACCUUUCCGUAAACAGCACCCGGAGACUGUGCUGCGACUUCUCUAUUCGUGUAAUAUUCGCACAGGGGGAGCAAACACUGCAGCGCGAUGGUACUUCAAGAUUGAUGGUCGUGAGUGCACGUCACCCAAUGCGAUAGAUAUGGCAAUGUACCAGGAUUCUGGGGACAACACGCACGUCCCAGCAGUCCUUCAAGGAAUAUGCACGGCCACGUCAUCAGGCACUAUCGGUGCUGGAAUUCAUACAAUCUCAGUUCACACCGGGAAGGGGCGCGAAUUUAGUCUGGGAGACACUUUUACUAACUGGCAAACCACAAACCUUCUUGAGGUGCAAGAGAUGUGCCCGCCAUUUGGUCAAUAGUAUUUCUAGGCUUCUCUUGUGGCUUUUCUUUCACAAUCAAAGGCAUUCUUAUAAUAAACCCUAUUAUCAACUCAUCUUCAUGUACUUCUCUGGCCCAUCCCCCAUCACAUCCAUCACUCUUCCUCCAUUCCCCCCACCUUACCUUCCCCAUCCCCACUUCAACAUCACCAUAGUCCCAAUGAUCCCAGACCACAUUCCCAUCCCUCACCCCAUACACACAUGUAGUACAUUAAUUUUGUUGUUCAUUUCACUGCCAGUGACUUGCAUGGGACAGUGUUCUCUUUUUUUAUGUCGACAAAAUUGUGCGUAGGCUGCACUAGUGAACACUUACAACAUACGUACUUUUUCAAUAGUACAUGACAUUGUAUCAUUCCUAGCUAACUUCCCUGGAAAGAUGCUGUGCCUCUGUUAUUUA